GAUGGGGACGGGAAGAACCUCUACAACGCCAGGGAAGUCAACGACCAGAUCUUCGAGGAGCUGCGCCUGCCGCAGUCCCUGGUGGAGGACGUGCAGGCCUCGUGGACCACGUACCUGCGCUCCGCGGAGUCCCGCGAGGCGGCGGGCGAGGCGAUUUACGCCGCCAUAUUCGACUCCGCACCCAGCCUGCAGAGCCUGUUCAAGACGCCGCGAGCAGUGAUGGCCAUGCGGUUCAUGAACGGGCUCAACACGAUCAUCAGCCAGCUGCAGGAUCCCAAGGCCAUGAAGAUCACGGUCGAGACCCUGGGCUUCCAGCACCUCGACCUGGAGGUGACCGUGCCCCGAGUGGUCAUGUUCCGGGACGCGAUCGUGGACCUGCUGCAGGUGGAGCUGGGCGCGCAGCUGUCCCGCGCCGCGCACUCGGGCUGGGACACCGUGUUGAAUUACGUGGGCGGGGCGUACAUCUACGUCCGUAUAAAAUACACCGACCGCCUCAAGAUCAUCGCAUCGAGCUGGGCCACGGCCAACAACACCAAAGGGGACGAGGAGCUGGUCGACGACGGCGAGGCGGAGGCCGAGGAGGCAGGUCAGGGAGCCGUCUCCGGCUCCGCGGAGGCCAUCCGCGCAGAGGAGAAGGCCAAGAAGGAGGCCGCGGCCAGGAAGGAGGCGGAGGCGGCCAAGAAGAAGAAGAGGAGGGCGGCUGGCUGGUUCUCCGGCGGCGUGAAGGACAUCGAGGAGACGGUGCAUGGGAAGGGGCAGGAAAGGAACAGCGAGUCAGAGGGCAGCAGUUUCAAGAACACGUCCGUGCCGACGACAUACACCGAGAUGUUUGCCUUCAACGCGGCCGUCAUGGGCUUCGGGCAGAACCUGUGGAUGAACGAGGUCCUCGCUUCGUUCGACACCAUCGUGACGAACGUAUCGAACUCAUACCGCCUGCAGGAGGAGUGCGACGUACUGUCGCUGAAGAUCGCGAAGUACAAGGGCACCGUGAACCUCUCGGAGUACAAGGCGGUCAUGCUGGCAUCCUUGCGAUCCCUUGUGCCCAAGGACUGGAACGGCAACCACGAGGUGGCCUGGUCGUGGCUCUGGGAGAACGUGGAGCGCAUGCUGAAGUCGAUGAUGGGCCGGCCGGUGCAGAUGGAGAAGAGCCUGGAGCGGCUGUGGAACAGCCUGGACGAGAACGGCCAGGCCCUCGUGCGCCGCGAG